CCAAUAGCGGGGGCGGGGCCAGCCUGCGGGCCCAGACGUGGCGCAGCGGCCGGGUGGUUAACCUCCAGCUUGCGGAUCUUCUUCGGCCGGGUUCCGAUGCGCCUCCCGCUUUUUCCGCCGCCUCUCCUGCUGCUUCUGGCGGCGCUUGUGGCCUCAGCCACAGCCGCCAUCACCUACCGGCCGGAUUGGAACCGACUGCGAGGCCUGGCCCGGGCCCGGGUAGAGACCUGUGGGGGAUGACAGCUGAACCGCCUAAAGGAGGUGAAGGCCUUCGUCACCCAGGACAUUCCAUUCUACCACAACCUGGUGAUGAAGCACCUCCCUGGGGCCGACCCCGAGCUCGUGCUGCUGGGCCGCAGGUACGAGGAACUGGAGCGUAUCCCACUCAGCGACAUGACCCGCGUGGAGAUCAACGCACUGGUACAGGAGCUUGGCUUCUACCGCAAGGCGGCGCCCGACGCGCAGGUGCCCCCCGAGUACGUGUGGGCGCCCGCUAGGCUCCCUGAAGGAGCUUCGGACCGCGCCGACCUGUAGGUCCGGGGGCGCGAUGGAGCUGGGCCACCCUGCCUGAGCCCUGGAGACAGAAUGAAGCGCUCAGCAUCCCGGGAGCACUUCCCUUGUUGAGUGCCGACGCCACGUCCCCGAGCCAGAACGAAUGGGGUUGGGGAGGUUCCUCCCAACCCCCCUUUCUUCCUUCCGCAGCUCCACU